AAUAAUAUGUCUUGGUACAAAUAAUUAGGAAACUCAGUAAAAGAAUUAAGAUUUGUCUUCUGCUAAACAUGUGGCAGAUCUGAAGGCAUUAGGUAUACAUUACAUAUUUAUAUCUAGAAAUCUUGUUACUAAAAAUUAUUGGUAAUGGAAGGAUGCCAAUCCUCAAUUCCCAUUUGUUGUCAGAGAAUGUGAAUCUAUUGAUCCCUAUGUCCUUAUUAGAUAUAGUACAAUUAUGUCUCAUAUCUAGAAUAUGGUGUUGAAAAGAAGGCUUUGAUUGGAAAUCUUAAUGAAUCAGAAUUAGAAUAAGUACUUGGACAAUUGGUUGCUCAAUCCAAUAAAGUGAAUUCAACUAUCUGAUUAAUGAUAUCAUAAUCAAAUAUACAAUCAAAAUAUUUUAUAUACAAC